UACUGGUUUCUGCCAAGGCAAGGUACUUGCAAAACCAUGUCUGGGGCUGGAGGAUGGAGGGAAGGCAGCGGGUACAGGACAGCUACUGCCUUCAAUAUGCCAUCUUCCUCUCAGGGUAACCCUCGUGGCAACAAGGAAACAGAGAAGGGUGAAAACACCCAGAAGCUGACAGCAUCUGAAGAGAAACAAGGAGGCCAAGCAUCAGCGCACCAACAACAGCGAAAGCAGUAUGUUGGUCCAUAUGUCUUGGUAACUCCAAAUGAAACCAGAAGAAAACAGUUGCAGCAAAUUGCUAAGAAAGAGCUCGAUGACCUGGAGCAAUGGAAGAAAGAACACAGGCCAGGGCCAAUUACGUUGGUGCCACAGAGACUGGGUGGAAAUGAAUCAGAGGCUCAAGUACGACAAAACCAACAAAUGAUUCUCAUGCAAUCUAAAUACCAGAAAAAGCACAAAAGAGAAGAGUACGUAAAAGCAAAAAAGGCAGCUGAAGAAGCUGAAAUCCUGAAAAAGAAGGCAAUUCAGAGAGAAAAGGCAGAGAGACUUGAAGUUAAAAAAAGACAAGAAGAAAUGCAAAGAAGAGAGAUGUUUCUUGAAGAUCAAAAGUACAAAACCAAUGAAUUACUGAACAGAUUGGACAUGGGUUUGCCAAAGAGUGAUUCCUGUCAGAUUGCUAAUCCUGGCCCAGAAUCUACAGCAUGGAAAAGAAGCCAUGCUUAUAAGCAAGCUCUUCGAGAGGAUGAAAACAGAAGAUUAGAGGAAAUGAAGCAAGAACAACAGAGGAAGGCUGAAUUAUUGGAAUUUAAACAAAAGCAGGAAGAGGAAACCAGGACAAGAACACUAAAAAAUGAACAGAGGAGGGUAAAUAAUGCUUUCCUGGACCGACUUCAGAACAGAACACAGCCUAAUAACAUCUACCACCCUGGAUAUAAUGGACUACCUCAAUAAUGGCACCUUGAGUCAAACUACUUGGAAUAAAGGAGGAGCAAGGGUAUUGCAGAAAUAUUCACUUUUAUCUGGCCUAGGCCAAAUGACUUUGUAAAAGCUCCAAGAAACUGCUCUUUAUUGUGAUUCUUUUCUUACCCUGACUUCAGCUGCACACUGUCUUCAUGAGCAAUCUGCAGAGACUGGUUUCUAGCUGUCAUUAUUCAUGCAUACAUAUUUGAAACAGCUGAUUAUGAAAGUCCUAUUUAAUUUUUAAUAAGAAUAUGUAUAAUUUUUUUUUUCAUAAAUUGUUUUGCCUCAUGGAGAAUGUAAUUAUCCCAGUCUUCAUGAUCUCUGGAAAAGAAGACAAAGUGACUGCAGAAACUGCAGUAAUAUAUGUGUUUACUUGCUGCUCUUUACCCAGAAAAAAACAAAACAAAAAAACCAAAACAUUUCAGAGACAAUCUUAAAAAGCAGGUAAAGAGGGAUUUUUUGGGAAGAGAAGGAGAAAUGUUGCUGGGGUUUUGUUUGUUUGUUUGUUUUCUGUUUGUUCUUGUGGAAGUUUUGUGAAAUUAUUUUACUUUGUACUCAAUAGCAGACACGCAAGAAGAAAAAUGUGCA